AGUACAGAUGAAGUAUAAAUGAGCAGUAGGUUCUACAGUGAUGUAUCAGCAGCAUUACAACAAAUAGCAGACCCCAUAGAACCGAUGAUAAACGAUGCAAUGGAGGAACAUACUAGCAAUGGAGAAAGGUCCGGCGUGGUGGUCAUGUCUACUGUCGAGCUGCUAGUUGACGAGGUACACGAUCUGCCCCCUCAAAGUGCCAGUAACCUGGUGUUAUGCACUGUAAUAUGUGGAGGACACCAGAUCCGAACCAACAUGCAGGUCCCUGAAGCCGACUGCGUCAAGUUCAACAAGCGUUUGUCAAUAAACCUACCAAUCAAGAGAGCCCAGGAGGGUUUUUACACACCCGAGGCGCAGUACCUUAUCAUAGAUAUCUACAUCAGAUACAACGACAAGAGUAAAGCAGAUGAGUUUAUAGGACGAGUAAUGAGCCCCACCCUCUACCUGACCCCCAACAAGCAGUGUUUAGAGGGGUUUGGGGGUGCAACCCCCGGACGAGAUGUAACAAAUCAUCCUCGAUUGAAGUACCACGUUACUCUUACAUCUACCCCUUCAGAUUUUGUCGGUUGGACGGGAACCCAGGUGACUCCUUUCGAAAACAUGCAGUACAAGAUUAUAGUGAACGGAAAUGUUGUUGAUUUUCCCGGGUCAUUUGAAACAGUCGAGUUGUACGUUCCUGGAAUAGUUUCCGAGCUCUGUGAUGAGCUGUAUCAAUCCAAUGUUUAUCUCACAAAUUUUAGAUUGGUGGUGAUCCCCUUGAAAGAUGAACACAAAAGACUGGCAAACUGGACUACGUUCUCGAACAUAUUGGGCAUCACUAAAUCUUACGUUCAGACGGGCAGUAAGAAACAAUGCUGUUACACCAUUAAAUGUGCUGAUUGUAGAACGGUCAAGAUAUUUGUCCCAGACAUGUCGCGGAGACAAAAGUUUAAAAAGCACAUAGAGGACACCUUUAAUGUGGUUGGCAAACAGCAGGGUGAAGAUAAGCUGGUGAUGGAGAUGAAGACUCCCCCGAAACAGGAAAGGCCAAAAAGACACACAACUAUUUCAGCCUUCCUUUCAGCAGACAACAUUUGCUCAAGUGACGGGGAGGCAAACGAGGCGACGUCCCUUCAGGGUAUUUCAGACGAAGACGUGCUAGGAAACGAUUUGUAUUCUAAUAGAGGUGGAGGUGAAGGUGAAGGUGUUCCAGCUGAGCGGCUAUAUAACACAGAUGUGCACACGUUAAGACAAGUUGAGUUUCCAGAGGAUGGGUUUAGUGAGGACGACAUGUUUGACCUGCCCACCUUUAAAGUUACUGAUUUCUCUGACGGGGAAUCAGUGGAUAGUUUGGAUGUAUCAGAUGACCAACCUCGUACCAGAUUGUUUACUGGCACCAGUGUGUCCAGCUUUACAAGCUACCUCAGUGGUUAUGGGUCUUCCAGGGGAUCAAAAUCCAGUCAAAAGUCUGAGAACGAACCUGAUCAAAAAUCCCCCAAAAGAAAGAUCCACUCUCACUCUAAGAAACUGCAGAUGGAUGCCCUACGGUUGCGGAUACGAUACCACCACUACAACACUACGUUGAGUGCCCCCAGUCACUCCUUGUUGAAGCAGAUAUCAGUGGAGAAGAGGGCGGGGUUUACUCGGUAUAAUCUUGAUAAGGAGCACAAUCGACAGGGUGAUAUGAGAGGGUGGACGAAGGUGGACAACACGAACUACAGACAAUGCAAAUCCUAUCCUCCUUUGUUCUACGUACCGGUCCAAGCUGGCUCUUCCCUUGUUAGUGUCAUCAUGUUCCGGUCGAAAGGGAGGAUUCCGGCUCUUAGCUGGCUGAAUAACUCAGGAGCGAUUCUGAUGCGAAGUGCACAGCCACGAACAGGCAUCCUACAGAAAAACUGCAAAGAAGAUGAACUCUUUCUGGAAUCUGUGCAGACGCUCUCUAGAAAUAAAAGUGGGAAAGAGCUCCCUUUCAUGAUAUUCGAUGCAAGGUCUAAGAUCGCAGCUAGAGGAAACCAAAUGAAAGGAAAAGGAAUGGAAAACGUCGCCAACUACGAAAACACAAAACUAAACUUCCUUGACAUGGCCAAUAUCCACGCUAUCCGGGACAGCUUCGAGAAAGUCACUGCUAUGUGCAACGCUCCGAGCAACACCAAAUGGGAGACCCGCCUGGAGCAGUCUCAGUGGUUACUGCACGUGCAGAGUGUGGUGCGCGGCGCGUAUUUCGUGAGUCAGCACUUAGUGGCGGGUGGUGCGGCACUGGUGCACUGUUCGGACGGAUGGGAUAGAACGAGUCAGCUAACUUCACUGUCACUGUUACUAGUAGACCCUUACUAUCGUACAUAUUCCGGCUUCCAAGUACUUGUUGAGAGGGAGUGGCUGAGUUUUGGGCACAGGUUCCACGACAGACUGGGUAUGGCCCACCCCAGCCAGAAAUCUCCAAUAUUCCUCCUCUUCCUGGACGCAGUCCACCAGUUCUUAGUACAGUUCCCUGACGUGUUUGAGUUUACUCAGGAGUACCUGACUGUUUUGUGUGACCUGUUCAGCAGCGGCUGGACCACUACCUUCCUCAGGAACUGUCCUCAAGAGCGAUCCUCCGCAGACAGGCUCCAGCUGUGGGACGUGCUGGACGCCAUGAGAACAGAGCUUACAAACGAGCGGUAUUAUCUUAGUACAGACCCUAUAAACCCACGGGUAUCACUCCGUCACAUGGUGUUGUGGCGGGAAUAUUUCCUGCGAUUUGAUUGGUGGAGAGAAACGCUUGCGGAGGAUCGACAGGGACCGGUAGUGUGGGUACCGGAUCACGCCGUCCAGAAUUGUCACCUCUGCCAUGAGAGGUUUAACGCGCUGAAGUUCAAGAGAAAACACCACUGUAGAUCGUGCGGGAAUAUUUUUUGCGGGAAUUGUGCGAGUAAAAGAAUUUGUAUACCUCUGAAAAACUACACCACGCCUGUGUUGGUUUGUGAUAAGUGUUAUCAGGAGCACACGACAUCUCCAUAGUGAUCACGUGAUCUCCAUAGUGAUCACGUGAUCUCCAUAGUGACCACGUGAUCUCCAUAGUGAUCACGUGAUCAGUGAUUGAAGCCAGACAAUGAUAUUAGCUGAUCAUUGAUUGUGUAUUUUCUUACGAAUUGUUUUUGUUUAAAAAUCAGAAUUUAUUUUACAGACUGUUUAAUUUUUCUAGCUGAUUGAUUUAGUUUAGUUUGGGAAAUGUUUUGACGAUGAUAGUGUAGUUGUAAAACAUUUUGCUGAAAUGUUAAAAGUUUGUGGGUAAGAUUUACGACGAAUGAAUUGCUGCAAGUUUUACUGCAUGAUUUAGUUAUUAACUUCUGAGCAAACAUUUGAGAAAUAAAACUUCAAA